AUGGAACCUGAACUUGCAAAAAAUAUAGCACCCAGCAUCACUAUCUCCAUUGAUCGCCCCUUAGGUAUCCUCGUUACAGUUCACCGAGAGGAAGAUGGCAUUAACAAGCCCCGUAUUUUCCGCUGGGAUGUGUACUGUGACGCUUGGGGUCCUUCGGGCUUUAUGCUCUUCCACCAUACGUCAGAAGGUCUGAAAAAGAUCGAAGGAAAUCACGUUCCCCCACCCCCCGAGACUUUGGAGUAUACAGAAUGGGAUGUGUGUUUUGAUGAGCUUCUUCCUGGUCAAUGUCUUAGAAGGAAUAUAGGUGAUCUCCUCCCCUUCCACGACCAGCUGGUCGUAGGUGAGAAAUAUGAGCUGCUCUGGCCAGGCGCUGAAUAUGCUCUAUGGGACUGGGGCAUUCUCCGUGAACAUAUAGGCCACAAAGUUGGCGUGGAUAUGGGAGUACCCCGUGCUAUUAUUCCUGGGGAGCCUGCUCCUCUCUCACUGUCAUACAGGAGGCGCAAGUCUUCAAACGCAAACCUGCUCCGUCACCUAUUAGUAAAUCUGCGCGAAUCCCCGGUACACCUUGUCUUAGUGUGUCUCUAG